AUGAGCACACCGUGCUCGAGCGAAAUAAUCGCUCCCAACUUUGUGGAGGCUGACCAGCUAAUCGACGAAUACUAUUCCGACUUGAAAGAUGACCGCAAAAAAGAAGAAUGCCAGCCCAGGUGCACACGGGGGGACCACGUCUUUAAAUCAGUGGAGAGGGACAAGGCUGACUACGCGGUUAAAAAAAUGAAGGCAACACUCAGUAGACUAGAUGAGAAUGGAGAACCUCCACCCUUCACCGACUUGGUUCCAAAUGAGGCGAAAUUUGGCACCGUGAAGAUCACCAACCCUUUGCCCAAAGUAGAGCGGCGAGACCAACUAAAGGAGGGCUACAUGCAGUGGCUGACGACGGAGAAGCUGAUGAGGCCAAACGAAAGAAGACUAGAAUACGAACAAAUGCAGGAAAAAUACCUAGAAGUAAUAAACGGACCCUCAAAAAAAGAAAUGAAAAAUUGCACUUUAAAACUAUCGGAAGAUAUAAAAAAGGAUGUAAAGCUCGCGCGAGUGGUGAAGUCGCAUUACCCUAGAGGAAUAGUUGGUUAUCUGAGCAUUUCGUUUGGAUCAUUUAAUAGGCAGAAGGUGUCAGCACAAAUGGGGGGAGCAGGACAGGGGGUGCUGAACACCCUGAAAUGCGUCGAUUCCAUAUACAGUGAAAACACCGUGCUGUACAAGGACAAAUAUGAGGAGCAUAAAAGUAGGCAGGAAGUUCGGGAGAAAAAAAUGAAAGAACGUGCAGAAGCGCUGGAGUGGCAAAACAACAGGAAUGGGAACUUCCUGGCGUUCGAAGCAGACAAUAAGUGA